AUGCCGACCGAGUACAGGCAUAUGAGUACAGGCUCUCUGAAUAUUCCUCCGCCAAGUGCGCUUAAUGGUUCCGGCGGUCCUACAACACCAGUUGGCGGUAUGGGAAGAUUUGAAGGUCCUCGGAGCCCGCCUGGAAGACAGAACACCUCCCACGUACCGUGCAAGUUCUUCCGGCAAGGCGCAUGUCAGGCUGGAGCUGCUUGCCCUUUCAGCCAUGAUCUAGCAAGCACAAAUGACAAUGUCUGCAAGUACUUUGCAAAGGGUAACUGCAAAUUCGGUCCGAAAUGCGCAAAUAUACAUGUCCUGCCCGACGGUCGCCGAGUAAACUACAAACAAGGAGGAGCGAUGAGUGGCGGACAUCUGAAUAUUGGAGGGCGGUUGCACACUGAAUUAUACCACCCGCAAAACUCGGGCUCGGCCUUGACAAACUCUUUCAUUCGUGCCAAUGCGGUACCGCCCUCGCCAUAUGGCACCCAAUAUUCACCCUUCUCGAACCAGGAUGAGAGUUUCCCACCUCUCGGAAGUCGUCAGCAGAGCGUCGAUAUUAUGAUCCCGACUAUUGACACAACUCACCCCGGCUCGAAUUAUGGUUCGCCGAGAGAUGAGGAUUUGAAUCGAUUUGGUCUGGGACUAUCUCCCGGUGGCCAGAAGGGUUUGAGUGUCUUGGAUGCCCCAUUGCCGGCUUCGUUUGAUAGCAAUGGUGUUUCUUGGAUUGCAAGAAAUGGCCCGAUAGCUUCGUCUGUUCCAGCAAAAUUCGGCCUCGAGUCACCACCUGGAUCACUUGGAGCUGCAAAGGAUGGAAGAACAUCAGAAGCAUUGAAGAGUCUACACAGCUCGGCAUUUGGAGACGAUACGAGAGACCGCUUCAACGGCAUCGCAGCCUCGCCACCCGCACCUCCAGUAGAAGAAUACUUCGGCAAGAGAGUCAUGCAUUCCCAGCGUUUCGCCAAAUCAAAAGCCAUGUCAGCAAGUCUGCCCAAGCAAGUCGAUCACGACUGGGAGGCAUCCUUCACAUUUGAAGAAGACUACCUGCCCGAAACACUCAAAGACCUUAUGACGCCACAAGAAAAAGCCCGCCGCGGCUCCCGCAAUGCAGACGAGGAAGGCCGCCCCAUCAACAGCGGCACAGGAACACCCAACAACGACACGCCCUCUAAAUUCGGGUCGCCAUCCAACGCAAGCCCGUCGAGAUGGGGACCCCUAUUCCAGCGACACCAACAGCAAAAAGAAGAGGAAGAGCGAGCGGCUGCUUCAAGAGCUUCGGCUUUUGGACACGUUGGGUCGCCGCUUCGCAAUUCGAGUCUGCAUCCUGGUGCUAGCCCUAAGAGCCGACCGAUAGCGAGACCGAGUAAUUCAGGCGAUAUCUCACCGUACCUCGCUUCUCCACCUCGACAAUCGAGUAUGAGCAUCAUCUCGCAACAACUCCAACGAACACGCCUCUCGAGAGCUGAAUCCUCAGGUUCAGAUUCCGGUCUUCAUCCGAGCAGGGUGUCGAGUAACCCAAUCGGUAGUGGGGCCGCGAGAACAGGCCUGAUGGCUGAGCGACAGGUGAGCUCUAGUUCGAUCGGUAAUGGCGGAAGCGGCAGGUUCACAACGCCGAUCGAUGAAGAAGGCGGCGACAUCAUGUUCAGCAUGGAAGGCAUGGAUGACGAAAAGAGUGGAGGCGAGAAGCGGAAUAGUGGGGGUUGGACUUUCACAAAUAGCGGGGGAAGAAGUCCGCAUUUGGGGGUGGUGGGGAGUAGGAAUGGUGUCAGUGGUGGUGCGGAGAAGAAUGGGAAUGGGAAUGGGAAUGGGGCGGUGAAGGGCGUUGAGGGGAUGUUUGGCGCGCGGUGA